GCCAUUCUUUGUUUCCAUUUCAUGCCCGCUAGGUAUGUGCCCCGCUAUCGGCAGCUGCUAGUGUACACUACUACCUAGCGGGGUUGUUGCUGCCCUGGGUGAUUUCCAUGCCAGGUGUUGCGGCUUGUCACCGCCGCCCACCAGUCACCUCACGGACCUUUCGGGGGCUCUUUACAGGGUCGAAACACUGAGGGUCCCCCCUGGGGCUGCGUGGAUCCUUUCUACUCCAGGCUGCCCCUGGCAUCUGCGCUGCUACCACUGUUAGGUACUUCCUGUGGCUUCCGCCCCGCCGUCCGCUUCCAUGGAACAGGGGCAGCAAGGGGAAUGUGAAGCUAACUUAGGGGUUUCUACAGUAGCGGAGGACCCUUUACCGUCAUUGUCUCUUUCUUCAUCGGGCAUUUGAAACUACCUAGGUGUAUGGACCCGUUGGUUGGCGAUGUUGGCUUCAGUCUCUUCUUCUUCUUCUUCUUCUUCCCCCCCUGGCUUCCUGUUGAGCGUCGACUAUAAGUUGCCGACAUAGGGACUAGGUACGCUAGCAAGCAAAUCACAAGGACAGAAACACCAUUACGACCGUGACCACCACCACCACCACCAUAACACAACACACAUCAUGACGACCCUCAUAGACCCGGCCACGCAGGCCCCCCUCCCGGCCGAUGCCAUCCAGCGCAUCCUCCACAUCACCUCCUCCUCGGUCCACAUCUACCAGAUCCCCCCUAUGCGCUCGACCAAGGGCCACAUGGCCGCCGACUGGACCGCCGACCCCAAGGCGCACAUCUUCACCGGCCGCGUGCGCAUCAUCGAGACCUCGAUCCCGCCGCAGACGCCCGAGCAGAUUGGAGAGAAGGACACGGUCAAGGUCGACAUUGUGCUCGAGGACCCUGCCACAAACGACCUGAUCGCCGCCGCCCCCUACACCACCCAGGCCGUCGUCGAGGCCACCAUCGACAGCAGCCGCUUCUUUGCCCUGCGCGUGCAGGAUCCCACCACCGGCAAGAAGGCCAUGCUCGGCGUCGGCUUCGAGGAGCGCAGCGAGUCUUUCGACUUUGGCGUGGCCCUGCAGGAGGCGCAAAAGUCGCUGGGCCUCAUCGAGGGCGUGGCGCCCCUGAUCAAGUCAAGCAAGAAACAGGAGGCCGAGGAGAAGAAGGAUUAUAGCUUGAAGGAGGGCGAAACGAUCACGGUGAACUUGAGCGGGACCAAGUUUGGGAGGAGAGCAAGGCAGGAUCGCCCCUUGUCGACGGACCUGGACAGCAAUUCACAGCCUCCUUUGUCGGCCUUUUCGCUCCCUCCUCCUCCAUCGUCGACUGGAGGUGGCGGCGGGUUAGGAAUGCCUUUCUUGCCGCCUCCGCCUAGCAGUGGACGUGCUGCGCACAGGAGACAACCAUCUGCGCAGGAGUUAGGGUUCGAUGAUGGACCGAACGGCAUGUUUGAAUAGGGAAUAAAGUCAGGAAGGAAAAUGAAGGAAACCGGAACGGCAAUUCUGGCUGGGGUUGGCUUAGAGAAGUCAGCAAGCAAGCAAGAUGUACGGCGCAUAUACCAUCAUCAUCAUCAUCAACAUCAUACAGGAUAUUUACGGAUCAGGGACGCGGAAAGCGACAUUGGCAGAUAAGACGGACAAGAAACGGCCAUACGAUAUCAAAGUGGCAAAAGGACUUGUCUACAAGCUUACACAACUAUACAGAGCUAAUAUACCUAAUCAUAAACAACCUUCCGGCUCG